AUGGUUAGUGAUUACGACUACGACUACUUCCGAGGUCACUUCUACGACUAUGAUUACUCAUCCGAUCGGAAUGAGAGUUCGACUUCUAAGUACAAAUUGAUCUCAAGCGACCGAAUCAUCAACGUCGUGACAGCCCGCCACUGUGUGGACCCUGCAAAAGGAGGAUUCUCCUCAGGAGAAGUGAUUUACGGGUCCAGUUCCAAAUACCCCUUGUAUCAAAACUACACCAUCGCAUUUGAUCAGUGGGAUAUAAUACUGCACAACAAAUCAUACAUUGAUUGCGCACUAAUUCUCUUGCAGAAUAAGAUGAAUUUGGGAGUGAAUGUGGGCCCGAUUGCGCUUCCUGCCAAUGCGGCUACUGAACCCAAAGUUGGGGAUGUCAUGGUUGUGACAGGGUGGGGGCUAGCAUGCAAGGACCCACCUACGUGUAAUGAUCAAUCCAAAUUCCCGGAACUUGUUCAGGAAAGAGACAUUACCCGGAAGGACGAUUCGUGCAUCACAGAUCAACUGGUUGCGGACACAGGAUUCGGUCCGAGUCAGAAGCAGACUCUAAUGUGUGGGGGAGGGAAUGAGAGGGGCUACAAGGCAGAUGCGUGUGGCGGAGACUCAGGGGGACCUCUUGAGUGCUUCGUUUCAGGCGUGCCCUACUUGUGUGGUCUGGUCACGGCCGGUCCAGCGGCCCCCGACUGUGGCCUCACUCCAGGGGCCUACACGAAGACCAAUUUCAUCCAGGUGCUCGACUUUCUCCGCAGUGGAGGGGUGUUGUACGGAAACAAAGACAUGAACGUCACUUUAAGUAAAUUUGACGACAUCUUCGAAAUAGCAUAA